GGCUGCGCGGUGUGGCAGAGCGAAGCUAAGGAGUCCGGCGCUCGCCGCCAGGGGCCUGGGCUGUCCCGAGCUGGUCAGUGCUCGGCGGGCCUGGCCGGGCGGUGCGGGGAAGUGGGGCGCCCUCCCUUCGCGGUGCCCGCCCUCCAGCCCGCCGCGCCCGCCGCGCCCGCCGCUCCCGCCGCUCCCGCGCCCCCAGCCCGCCGUUGGGACUAGUAGGCGCCGGCUUGGGGUCGGGGCUGCCGCGGGGGGGUAGCGGAGGGUGGGCGGUUGGGGCGCCAGCUAGGCCUAUGGGGGCGUCCGAGGGGUCUGGGGUCGGGGCUGGGAGCCCGGCGAGCGACUAGAGGCAGAGCGCCCCUUCCGGAGGAAGUUGGGUCAGCCCUGAGGAGCGGGUCCCGGGGAACACCGAUCGACCGGAACGCGGGACCCGGCCCCUCAGAGCGCACCCUGUGUUCGUCUCGUGUCGCUGCACGGCGUGAGGGUCUCGCUCUGUUACUCAGGCUGGAGUGCAGUGGCACACUGCAGCCUCAACCUCCCGGGCUCAAGCGAUCCUCCAAUCUCAGCCUCCCAAGUAGCUGGGACUACAGGAAUCCAGAUCUUACAUAAGAUGGAAGUCUCUCACACUAGAUACUGAACGUUAAAUAGAAAAUCUAUUUAGUAAAAUCUAAGUUGCCAUGGAAGAAAUACCAGUAAAAGUUGCUGUAAGAAUUAGACCUCUGCUUUGCAAAGAAGCUCUUCAUAAUCAUCAAGUUUGUGUGAGAGUUAUUCCAAACAGCCAGCAAGUUAUCAUUGGGAGAGAUAGAGUCUUCACUUUUGAUUUUGUUUUUGGCAAAAAUUCCACUCAAGAUGAAGUUUAUAACACAUGUAUAAAGCCCCUAGUGUUGUCACUCAUUGAGGGCUAUAAUGCAACUGUUUUUGCCUAUGGACAAACUGGAUCUGGGAAGACAUACACCAUUGGAGGGGGCCAUAUUGCUUCAGUUGUGGAGGGCCAAAAGGGUAUCAUUCCUCGAGCUAUUCAAGAAAUAUUUCAAAGCAUCUCUGAACAUCCUAGCAUUGACUUUAAUGUAAAAGUAUCUUAUAUAGAAGUGUACAAGGAAGACCUAAGAGAUCUUCUAGAAUUGGAGACAUCCAUGAAGGAUCUUCACAUCCGAGAAGAUGAAAAAGGAAACACAGUGAUUGUUGGGGCCAAGGAAUGCCAUGUGGAGAGUGCAGGUGAAGUGAUGAGUCUUUUGGAGAUGGGGAAUGCAGCCAGACAUACAGGUACCACUCAAAUGAAUGAGCACUCCAGCAGAUCACAUGCAAUUUUUACAAUCAGCAUUUGUCAAGUUCAUAAAAAUAUGGAGGCAGCUGAAGAUGGAUCAUGGUAUUCCCCUCGGCAUAUUGUCUCAAAGUUCCACUUUGUGGAUUUGGCAGGAUCAGAAAGAGUAACCAAAACGGGGAAUACUGGUGAACGGUUCAAAGAAUCCAUUCAAAUCAAUAGUGGAUUGCUGGCUUUAGGAAAUGUAAUAAGCGCUCUUGGGGACCCACGCAGGAAGAGUUCACAUAUUCCAUAUAGGGAUGCUAAAAUUACCCGGCUUCUGAAAGAUUCUCUGGGAGGCAGUGCUAAGACUGUCAUGAUCACAUGUGUCAGCCCCUCCUCCUCGAAUUUUGAUGAGUCCUUAAAUUCUCUCAAAUAUGCCAACAGAGCACGGAACAUUAGAAACAAACCCACUGUAAACUUCAGCCCCGAGUCAGACCGUAUAGAUGAAAUGGAAUUUGAGAUUAAAUUGCUUCGAGAAGCUUUGCAAAGCCAGCAGGCUGGUGUCAGCCAAACUACCCAGAUCAAUCGAGAAGGGAGUCCUGAUACAAAUAGGAUUCAUUCUCUUGAGGAGCAAGUAGCUCAGCUUCAAGGAGAAUGUCUGGGUUACCAGUGUUGUGUAGAAGAAGCCUUUACCUUCCUGGUUGACCUAAAAGAUACUGUCAGACUAAACGAAAAGCAGCAACACAAACUGCAGGAGUGGUUUAACAUGAUCCAAGAGGUCAGGAAGGCUGUCCUCACCUCAUUUCGAGGAAUCGGAGGCACUGCAAGUCUGGAAGAAGGACCACAGCAUGUUACAGUUCUCCAGCUGAAGAGAGAGCUUAAGAAAUGCCAGUGUGUGCUUGCUGCUGAUGAAGUAGUAUUUAAUCAGAAGGAACUGGAGGUGAAGGAACUGAAGAAUCAAGUGCAGACGAUGGUACAGGAAAACAAAGGGCAUGCUGUAUCUUUGAAAGAAGCGCAAAAAGUGAAUAGACUGCAGCCCCUGGCAAAAACCACUUUACUUUCUACUUCUGUGGAUUUGCCUAUUCUAAACAUUUCAGACAACUGGAAUCAUACAAAUGAAAAAAUAAUAGAACAACAACUUCUUGUGGAUCAACUGAGUGAAGAACUAACAAAACUUAACCUGUCAGUGACUUCUUCAGCUAAAGAAAAUUGUGGAGACGGGCCAGAUGCCAGGAUCCCUGAAAGGAGACCAUAUACUGUACCAUUUGAUACUCAUUUGGGGCAUUAUAUUUAUAUCCCAUCAAGACAAGAUUCCAGGAAGGUCCACACAAGUCCACCUAUGUACUCUCUGGAUCGAAUAUUUGCUGGAUUUCGAACACGAAGUCAGAUGCUGUUGGGUCACAUAGAAGAACAAGAUGAGGUCCUCCACUGCCAAUUUUCUGAUAACAGUGAUGAUGAAGAAUCAGAAGGCCAAGAGAAAUCUGGAACUAGAUGUAGAAGUCGUUCAUGGAUUCAGAAGCCAGACUCUGUUUGUUCCCUUGUUGAAUUGAGUGAUACUCAGGAUGAAACACAAAAGUCAGAUUCGGAGAAUGAAGCAGAUAGUUUUAUUUCUCCAUUUUUUAAAAAAGAUUUAAAGAUUGAUUGUCUCCAGGAGAGUCAAGAAUUGAAUUUGCAAAAAUUAAAGAAUUCAGAACGCAUACUUACUGAAGCUAAACAAAAAAUGAGAGAACUUACAAUUAACAUCAAGAUGAAGGAAGAUCUGAUUAAAGAAUUAAUAAAAACAGGUAAUGAUGCCAAGUCUGUAAGCAAGCAGUAUUCUUUGAAAGUAACAAAGCUAGAGCAUGAUGCAGAACAGGCAAAAGUCGAACUAAUUGAAACACAAAAGCAGCUACAGGAGCUGGAAAACAAAGAUCUUUCUGAUGUUGCAAUGAAGGUAAAAUUACAGAAAGAGUUUCGUAAAAAGAUGGAUGCUGCAAAGCUGAGAGUUCAGGUCUUGCAGAAGAAGCAACAAGAUAGUAAGAAACUGGCAUCACUGUCAAUCCAAAAUGAGAAACGUGCUAAUGAACUAGAGCAGAGUGUAGAUCACAUGAAAUAUCAAAAGAUAGAGCUACAAAGAAAACUACGAGAAGAAAAUGAAAAAAGGAAGCAACUGGAUGCAGUAAUUAAGCGGGACCAGCAAAAAAUCAAAGAAAUACAAUUAAAAACACGACAGGAAGAAGGUCUAAAACUGAAAGCUGAGGACCUUGAUGCAUGUAACUUGAAAAGGAGAAAAUGUUCGUUUGGAAGUAUAGACCAUCUCCAGAAAUUGGAUGAGCAAAAGAAAUGGUUAGAUGAAGAAGUAGAGAAAGUUCUGAACCAACGCCAAGAAUUAGAGGAGCUGGAAGCAGACUUAAAGAAACGGGAGGCCAUAGUUUCUAAGAAGGAGGCUCUGUUACAGGAGAAGAGUCACCUGGAAAAUAAGAAAUUGAGAUCUAGUCAGGCCUUAAACACAGAUAGUUUGAAAAUAUCAACUCGCCUGAACUUACUGGAACAAGAGUUGUCUGAAAAGAAUGUGCAGCUCCAGACCAGUACAGCUGAGGAGAAAACAAAGAUUUCAGAACAAGUUGAAGUCCUCCAGAAAGAAAAGGAUCAGCUCCAGAAACGAAGACACAGUGUGGAUGAAAAACUUAAAAAUGGUAGAGUGUUAUCACCUGAAGAAGAACAUGUUCUUUUCCAACUUGAAGAAGGGAUUGAAGCUUUGGAAGCUGCAAUUGAAUACAAGAAUGAAAGUAUCCAGAAUCGCCAGAAGUCACUUAGAGCAUCAUUCCAUAACCUCUCUCGUGGUGAAGCAAAUGUCUUGGAAAAGCUAGCUUGCCUGAGUCCUGUUGAGAUUAGAGCUAUUCUUUUCAGAUAUUUCAAUAAGGUGGUGAAUUUGCGAGAAGCUGAACGGAAACAACAGUUACAUAAUGAAGAAAUGAAAAUGAAAGUUCUGGAACGGGAUAAUAUGGUUCGUGAAUUAGAAUCUGCACUGGACCAUCUAAAAUUGCAGUGUGACCGGAGACUGACCCUCCAGCAAAAGGAACACGAACAAAAGAUGCAGUUGCUGUUACAUCAUUUCAAAGAACAAGAUGGAGAAGGCAUUAUGGAAACUUUCAAAACAUAUGAAGAUAAAAUCCAGCAGUUGGAAAAAGAUCUUUAUUUCUAUAAGAAAACCAGCCGGGAUCAUAAGAAGAAACUUAAGGAACUGGUAGGGGAAGCAAUUCGGCGGCAACUAGCACCAUCAGAGUAUCAAGAGGCUGGAGAUGGAGUCCUGAAGCCAGAAGGAGGAGGCAUGCUUUCAGAAGAAUUAAAAUGGGCAUCCAGACCUGAAAGUAUGAAAUUAAGUGGAAGAGAAAGAGAAAUGGACAGUUCAGCAAACAGCUUAAGAACACAGCCAAAUCCUCAAAAGCUCUGGGAAGAUAUCCCAGAAUUACCUUCAAUUCAUAGUUCUUUAGCACCCCCCAGUGGGCAUAUGUUAGGUAAUGAGAAUAAAACAGAAACAGAUGAUAAUCAGUUUACAAAAUCUCACAGUCGACUGUCAUCCCAAAUUCAGGUUGUGGGAAAUGUGGGACGACUUCAUGGUGUCACACCUGUAAAACUGUGUCGAAAAGAAUUACGUCAAAUUUCCGCCUUGGAACUAUCAUUGCGACGUUCCAGUCUUGGAGUUGGCAUUGGAUCAAUGGCUGCUGAUUCCAUCGAAGUAUCUAGGAAACCAAGGGACUUAAAAACUUAGACAUUGAAUAAUAGAACUUUUAGUAGAUAUGUAAAAAGAUUCCUUUUUCUAACCUGUUAAAAACUAAAGCUUAAGUUCACUACCUCUUUCCUCAGAAUAAAGGAAGAAGGGGAGGAAGGAA